AGUGGACACCAGGAAACUGUAUCCUCUGGAGCCAGAAGUCUCCAGCCCGGUCUCUGAGUCCUCACUUUCUAGCUUGUGUCCUACACAAGGUUGUGAGUGAACUACACAGGGUCACUGAGCCUCACUUCCCUCCUCUGUAAAAUGGGAGAAUAGGACUCGCUGUGCCACAGGGCUGCUGUGAGGAGAGGGCAGGCGUGUGAGCAUCGCACCUGAGUUCUGAGGUCUCUGCAAGGUGGAGCCAGCCCUCUCCCAAGACAAGCCAGGGCGGAGGCACCCUGGAGCGGGCGGGCAGCCUGGAGCCUGGAGCACAGGGAGCACCAGAGCCCCGCCCACCACCCAGGAAACAGAGGCGCCUCCCUCCCCUGCGAGGCCGCCGCACUCUGCUCCCUUCUCCCCAAGCAUUUCCACGAUCCCCUGGCAUCGAGGGGUGGGGUGCCCGUGACCUCAUUGAGGCAGCAUUUCAGCAGUAGACAAAGGGUCCCCUUCAGCUUGGCGCACGCGGGGACAGAAGUGCCAGGGCCCAGGGAAGCAGCCCCCCACCCCCGCCCCCAACAGCAGCAACAAAGCUGUGACCACACACAGGCAGCCAAGGCGACAGCCCUGCCACCGUCAUCGUCUUGGAUUGUCUGGAAGGGGGUCAGGGCGAAGCCACACUCCAGCACACAGCAGGAUGUGUCGUGAGAGCCCAGAGAGAGAAAUGCGGGGUGCCCGGGGGUGCUCUCAGUCAGGGACAGAAAGAGGUUAUCAGUGGCCUGAGGCAUUGUCCAUGGACCAUUUUCACCGGUGACCAGAUAGGGUCAGAGCUGUGCCGACCGAGGGAAUCCCGAGGAGGAGAGCACCCGGAGCCAGCACGCCUGGAAAGGCGAGUCUGAGGCUAAAUUCACCCUGGGCAAAUGGAAGGUCCACACCAACCAACGGCCAGGAAAGGGCAGGAGGGAGCCCGGGCUGAGUGAGGGGUCAUCAGUGCUGGGCGCACAGCAGCGAGCCCAGCGUGCGAGCUGCAGCUGCAGCUGCCCCUGCAGCAAGUGAGGGGAAGGCCACACAAACAGCACCUCUGGUGACCUGGGCGAGGAAACAGACUGGGGCAGGUCCCCCAUGGCCAAGCACUGCAGCCAGACACACGGCACACGCUGGCACAGGCCACCACACAGGGAGGAGCACGGCCGUGGAACCAAGGGGCUGGGGACCCUAAGGGUGGCUGCAUGACCAAAGUUGCAGAGCAGGGUGGGCACCUGUGCUCUGGGAGGGAGGAUCAGAAGACCCCUGGGGCUCUUCUUGGAGCUUCUGGGGACCAAUCAGGAGGCUCUCUGCUCUCUUCAACUUUCCUAGCCACAGCUUCUUGGCCAUGAGGAAAAGAGUUCACCCUGGCUCUAAGUCCACAAGGAGAAGGCUCACUCCACAGCCAAGGAGCCCUCAGCAGGGCAGUGCUGGGGUGUGGAGCACUGGGCCCACUGUCCCCUCUCCUCUUGCCCCUUAGUGUUGAUCGGCGUGGGCACUGAGACCUUCCUCCGGGGGCAGUUCAAAAGCCUGGCUUUCUAUCUGCUCUUUACAGGAGCCGCCGUCUCCGUGUGCGAAGGGGCCUACUUUGUGGCUCAGCUGCUGGCCAUCUGCUUCCAGUGUCAGCCAGGGUCCCUGGCCGACAGAGCAAGGGAGAAGGCCCACUGGCUGGGAUGCUUCCAGAAGUUCCUGGCCUACAUGCUGCUGUCGGUGGCCUGUUUCCUCCACCCAGUUCUGGUCUGGCACGUGACCAUCCCAGGCUCCAUGCUCAUCGUCACCGGCCUGGCCUACUUCCUGCUGAGCAAGCGGAAGAAGAGGAAAGCUGCCCCCGAGGUGCCGGCCCCCCCAGAGCAGUACACAGACCCCUCCGGCAGCGCCGUGAGCACCACCGGCUCUGGGGACACGGAGCAAACCUACACCUUCCAUGGCGCCCUCAAGGAGGGGCCCGGCUCCUUCUUCAUCCACAUGAAGAGCAUCCUGAAGGGGGCCAAGAAGCCCACCGCCCUCCCGCCCCCAGACGCCCUGACGGAGCUGAGUCUGGAGCCAGCCGACUCGCUGGCCGAGAAGAAGCAGGUGCACUUUGAAGACAAUGUGGUGCGAAUCAUCCCGUCCCUCGCAGACAGCCUGGACGAGGGGGACAGCGAGGCAGAGGAGACCACCUCCGACACCGCCCCCAUCGUCCCUCCCGCCCAGGCCCCACUCCUCCUGUCUUCUCUUACGGCCACUGGCCUGUUCUGAGCUGCGGGCUCCUGCGGGGGUGCUUACUGAGGGCUCUGCAGAGACGGAUCAUCCUGCCUGGAGUUUCCUGAUGUCCUCGGGCCCCCCAGGAGCUCAGGAGCUUUGCAGGUCAGGUCCUUACAGGGUGACCAGAUGUCCCGAGGUGGCUGGGCCAUCGGGAGGUGUGACAGGCCAGCAGCUGGCAGAGGCUGCAAGGGAGGCACAAACAGUGCCACCAGCUCCGCCUGCACAGGCUCCUCCCUCCUGGCCACGGGUGGGGAAAUCCUUGUCCUUUCCCAAGAAAGACCAUCACUCCCACUUCACACAGGCUGCAGGUGCCACUGCUUCAGCCCCCAGAGGGAGAAACGCCUUGCUCCGGACAUAGGGCCCGGCACUCAGUGAGGCCCUGGGGUGCACCCGUCUCUGACGCAACAGCCCAGCUCCAAAGGCCAGGGAUGUGUGGGCAGCUGAAGCCUCUCCAAGGCUGGACUUAGACCCAUGGAGGCUGCUCGGGGUAGUGAGGGAGGGGGCAGCUGGGCAGCAGGCCCCGCAUUCUCUGCAUGCUCUGGGGCCGGAGCUGGCCGGCAUGAGUUACAGAGCCGCUCAGAGAAACAAUGCCGCUCUGUGCUCACUGCGGGAAAGCGCGGCUGGGGGCUCCUGCACCCGCCACAGGGGCCUUUCCCAGAUGCCAAGCAGAUGAUGCAAACUGGGAUGCUGAAUGCUGUGAGGACCUUCAGCCCUGAAUGCCAGGGCACCGAAGGCAGCGCGUGCCCGCUGUGUGCAGGGCCCGAGGCAGCAGCCUGGAGGGGCUCACACCACAGAAGUGGCCCUGCACGCCUGGGCACCUGGUAAUGGAAUAGGUGGUCAAUGUGAUAUAAGUUUGUUCAAAAUGGGAGGGAGGGCAGAGGCAGGAAGAAGGGCAGGUAGGAGGAAAGUGGGCAGGAAGGCAGGUUCUCCGCCAUGGGGCUACAGAGUGACAGUUAACCCAGAAAGAACAAAGGCAUUUGAAUCAGAUAUGCUUUGUGAGAGGAUCUGCAAUAUAGUUUUUACUUCUAAAAAGUGCCCUUUGGUCUGCAAGACUGUUGCCGGGAGAGCAGACACUCCCUCCUAGGCCAGCGCAGCACUGGGCCACCAGAAGGACGGUCCUGCGGCUCGCGGGCAGAGUGAGGAGCUGACACCAGCGCCCUCUGGAAGAGCUUGGACCACACCCUCCAGGUUAGAUGCGAUGAGACACUCGCGUCUGUUCUUGGACACUUUUCAGCAUCCCUUACAAGUUAUUUUGUGAAGGUUACAGAAAUAACAGCCAACCAGAAGUUGUAUCAGUCUGGUGUCUACAUUCAGCAGGUGUUCUCGACAAUCAGGGCUCUUCACGCAGGAACCCAGAUCUCCUCUCAGAUCAAAUGACAAAUGGCCAAGAAACACACUCCCACCAGCCAGCAAUGGCGAGAGCUAUAGAGCUGUGCUGUAGCCACCACUGAGGCGGGACCUCAGGAUAUGGCACUCAAGAUCAGAGAAGCUGAACAACACAGGUGUAGGGGGGUGGGCGUCGUGGCCCAUUCCUGACGGGCUGGGAGCCUCGGUGCGGAGGAGCCGGGAGAAGGGGAAUGCGACAGCCGCAGAUGCCCACGCUGCAUGAAUGGGGCGGCCUCGAGGGAGCGAGAUGUUGCUGAGCUUCAGAGCAGCUCUGUGCUCGGGGCCUAAGCCAGCAGCACCGGACGGCCAGGUCACGAGAAGCAAACCUGAAAGUGUGGUGUCAGAGCUGUCAGUCCUGUUUAAUAACCAUCUGUGAACCCAAGUGCCAGAGUGUCGUUUGUAGAAGGAUGCGUCUUGGAAGUGAGGGUGCACUGGGAGCUCCAGGUGACGAUGCACAGGUGAUUCUGACACAUCUGGGUCUCCUGGUGAUGUCAUCAGUAAAGGAGAGUCUGCUGGUGCGUGGCAUGAGGGCAUGAUGUUGGCCUUAGCUAGGUUGGCAAAGUAAAGCUCUCAAACACUCCUCCUGCUAUCAAAAAUAAAAACGCUGGAAUGAAAUUAUUAAAUAGACCCGAACCCUCUCCUUAAGUGGGCCAGCAAGAAAGUGGCACCUCCUUAUAAGCAAAUGAGCACCAGGUGUCUGCAACCACACCCUUAUCCACUGGCAUCCCAGCACAGCAAAUUCCUUGCUGAAAAACGAAGACCACAAGGGCUGCCCUGUCUCGACCCACCUCCCUGUCAGCAGAAAGCAGAGCGGACCGUUGCAGACGCGGAAGGGAGCGGCUGGACUGGAGGCAGGAAGAGCGCCAGGCUGGGGCCAUUCAGUCCACCAGCAGCAGCUGAUCGCCCUUGGCCACGCCCCUUCACGCCUCUGGUUCAGGUGCCCGUCAGGUGGGAAUUACAGCAGUGGCUCAACAGGACAUGGGGAGGUGGUUUUCAGACGACAAAUCACAAGUGGUUGCGUGUGCACCUCAUCCCUACUACCACGGGGGCCCUGCCAUGAGGAGACGCCCCUGAGUCGUAUUGGCAAGGCCAGCGGGGGUCCAAGAGCUCCUUUCUCCACUCCAGAUUCCAGGGUUUGGUCCGGGGGAACCCAGCCCCCAAAACAAAGAGCCAUAGUGGACCCCACUGAGAAACCACACCCUGGAGGUCACACGCUGUGUCCUUGCUCUCUCCCAUCCCCUUAGUUGGUUUUCUUCUUUUAGUUUUCUUAAAUACCUUUACUGAGAUAUAAUUCACAUACCAUAAAAUUCAUCAAUUCAAAGAGUACAGCUAAAUGGUUUUUAGUGUAUUCAUAAUCUAAGUUCACCACAACCUAAGUUCAAAUUUUCAUCACCUCAAAAAAGAAACCCAACCAAGUACCCACGAGUACUCCCCACCUCCCAUCCCCUUCCCUAAACAACCACUAAUCUACCUUCUGUCUUUACAAAUGCUCCUGUUCUGGGUGUUUCAUACAAAUGGAAUCAUAUAAUAUGUGGUCUGUUGUGACUUUGUUCACUUAGCAUGAUAUUUCUGAGGUUCAUCCAUGUUGUAGCAUGCAUCUUUAUUUCUUUUCCUUCCUGGCUGCAUAAUAUUCCAUUGUAUGGCAAAACCACAUUGUGUUUAUCCAUUCAUCCAUUGUUAGACUUCAGAGGUGCUUCCACUUUUUGCCUGUAAUGAAUAAUGCUGCUAUGAACAUUUGUGUACACGUUUUUGAAUAGACAUAGGCCCUCGUUUCGCUAGGGUGAUAACUAGGGGUGGAGUUGCUGGGUCUUAUGGUAACUUUGUGUUCAACUCUUGACAAAAGGGCUGUACCUUUUUAUAUUCCCAUCAGCACUUUCUGCACCUCCUUGCCAACACUUGCAGUUGACAAUCUUUUUAUUUAUCCAUUGUGGUCUUCUUUUGCAUUUUUCAAAUGCCUGGUGUUAAGCAUCUUGUUAUGUAAUUAUUGGCCUUUGAUUAUCUUCUUUGAGAAGCAUCUAUUCAAAAUGCUUUGCCUGUUUUUUAAUUGUGCUAUUUGCCUUUUUAUUUUGAGUUGUAAGAGUUGUUAAUAUAUUCUGGGUACA